AUGGGAGAGCAUAGGCAGGCGCCGGAUUUGUUCCAGCCUUCCUUGAAGCUGGACAAAGACAACUCGGCGCCUGCUUCUCAACCCGAACACGACCAACCGAAUAGAGAAAGACGUGCAGUUAAUGGACCGGAAAUAUAUGACAUCGAGGACUUGCCUCCUGGUAUCCAAGAAGCCAGUUUCGGGAGUGAAGCAGUGAAACCAUAUGACAUUGAGGAGCCAGGAGAGGAAUCUACAUCCGAACCCGAGCUGUCAAGUUUGCCGCAGCACAUACAGCGCAGAUACUGGGAAGAGCUGGUGUCCUCGAUGGAAGACCUGUACUGCGACUCCGAUAAUAGCAGUCCAGGGUCGAUUUCUUCGAAAAGAGGCAGGAAGAGAAAACCUCCUGCCCUCACAAUUCUCCCCCAGGCUGCCCAGCCUGAGAAAUCGGCUUCUGUAUCAGAUGCGCAAUAUGCAAGUCCAAAUCUAAGCCCAAAAAGGCCGCGGAAAAGAGAUAAACGACCCAGGGACAGACCACUUAACCCGGCUCAAAAGAUUCGCAUUCAAAGACCUCGAGGAUUUAGUGGCUCAUCCUACACGUCCGUCUCUACGGAUACGGAGGCAAGCGGCACUAACCUCACCAAUGGAUUCUCUACCCCAGACGCCAUGGACCUAGACUGA